CUUCAUCGGAACCUCAAAAUGUCAUAUAGUCUAAUCUGAAGCUCACAUUCGGAUGUUAAUACAGAAACACAGAAAUGUCUGCUGGAACUGUGUCACUCUGCUCCACUUUGUUUUUCAGCAUCCUCAUUUUCGUCUCUGCAGACCAGAAAACAAUCACAGCUGAGUCUGGACAGGACGUCACUCUGACAUGUUGAGCUCCAAACAACAAUAACAAAUUUGUACAUUGGAGCAGAGCUGACUUGACAUCGGGCUAUGUCUUUUUGUACCAGAACGGACAGUUUAUUCCAGAUCACCAGCAUCCAUCUUUUAAGAACCGGGUGGAUCUGCAGGACAGACAGAUGAAGGAUGGAGACGUGUCUUUGAUUCUGAAGGAUGUGACGAAAGCUGAUAACGGAACAUAUGAGUGUCGUGUCUUCAUUAGAGAAACGCGCUCUCGGCAGCUCAUCAACAGCACCUACCUGAGUGUUGUCCCUCCAGAGCAGAAAAUCAUCACAGCUGAGUCUGGACAGGACGUCACUCUGACAUGUCGAGCUCCAAACAACAACAUCAAAUCUGUACAUUGGAGCAGAGCUGACCUGACAGAUGAAUAUGUGCUUUUGUAUCAGGAUGGUCAGUUUGAUCCAGACAACCAGCAUCCAUCUUUUAAGAACCGUGUGGAUCUGCAGGACAGACAGAUGAAGGAUGGAGACGUGCCUUUGAUUCUCAAGGAUGUGACGAUUAAUGACGCUGGAACAUACAAGUGUCGUGUCUACAAUGUAGAAACAAGCUCAUGGAGGCUCAUCAGUAGUAUCAACCUGAGUGUUGUUGUUCCUCCAGACUAUAAAAUCAUCACAGCUGAGUCUGGACAGGACGUCACUCUGACAUGUCGAGCUCCAAACAACAAGAUCAGAGGUGUACAAUGGAGGAGAGAUGACUUUAAAGCAGGCGAUGUAUUUUUGUACUGGGAUGGUCAUUUUGUUCCAGAUUACCAGCAUCCAUCUUUUAAGAACCGGGUGGAUCUGCAGGACAGACAGAUGAAGGAUGGAGACGUGUCUUUGAUACUGAAGAAUGUGACGAUUAAUGAUGCUGUAAGAUACGAGUGUGGUGUCGUCCAGAAAGAACCAAACCAAGUGAUACCCAGUUUGAAUCCCAUCAACACCACCUACCUUCAUGUUGAUCCUCCAGUGCAGAGAAACAUCACAGCUGAGUCUGGACAGGACGUCACUCUGACAUGUCGAGCUCCAAACAACAACAUCAAAUCUGUACAUUGGAGCAGAAUUGACCUGAGAAAUGAAUAUGUGCUUUUGUACCGGGAUGGAUACUUUGUUAGAGUCGACCAGCGUCCAUCUUUUAAGAACCGGGUGGAUCUGCAGGACAGACAGAUGAAGGAUGGAGACGUGUCUUUGAUUCUGAAGAAUGUGACGAUUAAUGAUGCUGGAACAUACAAGUGUCGUGUCUUCAUUGCAGUCCAUAACAAAGAUCAAUUUGACAGUUGAUCCUCCAGGUCAGACAGGAGGACAAGAGAAGGAUGAAGACAACAAAGAUGGAGGAAAGGAAGACAAAGAGAAGGAGAAUGGAUCUGUUGGACUGAAAGUUUUUUUCAUGCUUCUUGUUGAGGCUUUUCUCUGUGUUUUUUCCCA